GUGUAUACUACUUCACAUUCUUCGAUUCCCAUACCCCUGACUCGAAUGCUCGGGAAACUUAAGUAGGUACUUGGCUGACAUUCAAGAAAACUUCAUAUUUUGGCUGGAGUAAAUUAUUUCGUGAUUCCUGGCCCGCACGAAAUAUUUAUUAUACUACAUCCAACUAUCUGCUCCCAAAAUGCCCUUCUUAUCAACACCCUUGACACUCGCAGCCACAGGCGGCAUCUUGGGAUCAGCAUGGAUAUCAGGUAAUAUCACUGCGCUGUCGAUCUGUGCUGUACCAGCAGUCCUCCAGAGUGGAACCACAGCAGAGGGUCUGCUAAGGGGAUGGCAUCUACAGUUCACUAGAGGAAUGUACUACCUACCGACGACGGCUGCAGCGAUAGCGCUGAACUACUGUUACCUAGCCUCCCGGCAUCAUGGCCGUGGGCUUGAAUGGAGGGGAUAUGCGGCCGGAGCGCUGUCGAAUUUGUUGCUCAUUCCCUUCACGGUGAUCUUCCUCGGCGGGAUCAAUGGCAAGAUGAUCGCGGCUUACUCGGGCACGGGCAAGCAGCUGAGCCAAGAGACUGUCCGACAUCUGAUUGCUUUAUGGGGAAAGCUAAACGGUGUACGAAUCUUUAUGCCGCUGGCUGGGGCUGCUCUGGGCUUAUGGAACCUCCUACAGUGAUUAUGGGGGCUUCCGAUAUGGCAGGAGGAAAAGACCAAGCGAAGGGCAGGAAGCUAUGGCCACACUGUACUUUAUAUUGCUACGUUAUGUUGUAGGGUUAGAAUGCCACAACGAUACCGAUAAUUUGGGUUAUAUCGUCGUAAUCAUAGCAAUUGAUUGCCUUUCUAUAUAAUUUGCUGGUAGUAUGUUUGUGUAUCCUGAUCGACAAUAUCUAACAUUGAACGACGUAUAUAUUCUUAAUCAAACGAAAAGAGCUCACAAUUCUACACCGAAACAUCGAGUCUCAGGGCUCUAGGCACAGCCUCGACCGAGAUAGCACUAGCAGCGACCGCUUCCGUCGCGUCACUGAGUUCUACCUCGGUCUCUUCGCCUGCCGCCAGUUCAUGAGCAAUUGGAUGGUUCCUACGCCUCGCCCCAAAACCGAGUGGUUU